AGACAAUACAUCUCCUCAGAAAGACAGAGAGCCGAGGCAGCUAAAGUGAGGUUUAAAAGGAGAAAAAGUAGACUACGUGGGUCAUUAUUUAUUUGCCUCUCAUAGCAGCCGACGGUCUGGAUUCAUUCAGUUCCCGUGAGACUCAUUUUCACCGUGUUGUCAACAGAAAUCAUCAUGAGGAAGAUCACCGGCAGACACUUGUUGUGCUUCCUUCUGCUUAGCUUCCCACUGUCCUGGGCAGAGGACAUAAAGAAAGAUGUGAGGCGGACUGAGAAUGACACAGUGUUGAGUCAAGGGAAGAGCAGACGGCUGUUUGCGAGGCGAAAGAUUACUCAACCAGAGGAAAGUACUACUCCUAAACACAAAUCAAACGUCAUGACCCCUGCGCGGCGCUGCAGCCGCCUGAUGGAGAGCUGCUCCAGCCACGUCCCGUGCUGCGACCCCUGCGCCUCCUGCCGCUGUCGACUCUUCAACACCAUCUGCCACUGCUGGAGGAUGAACCCCCUGUGUCUGAAGAAGACGUAGAUGAAGCACGAACACCCACAUCCACAGACACACGUCACCUGGACACAAUCAAUAGACAUCUACACACAGAGAUAAUAACACACUCUGCCUGGUGGCCCGUGGGUGCAGUACAGAGAAUAUUAUAACAAAAACAUUUGGAAAAUGAAGAAAAAAAUUAAAGUUCUUUCCAUUGUCUGUGGCUUUAACACUUGAGUGAUGGAAGGGGAGAUGGAAGGAGUGUUGUCUUUCUCUCUUUCACUCUUCUGAGGCAUGAAUAUGAAAAUACUCACAUAAAUGUUUACAGAAUAUCCAUACAGUAUAUCCAACAUGCAGUGUAACAAAUAAGUGACAUUUGCUUUUGCAUGUAUGUAUACAAACACGUGCAAACUGUGUAUUAUGUCUUGGGUAUCUCCUGCACUAUUGCUGCUUUUUGAAUGUCUUUCUCACUUUCUGCCCUGUUAAACAUGUGGGAGCUCAUAAUACCUAGAUAUAUAGUAGAACAUACAUUUCUUUUUCUGUCUUUGAAUGUGGAAAAAAUAAAGUAAAAUCACAUGUUUGAGCUAUCAACAGUUAGAAAACAGAUUUUCUGUUUCCGUGCCUUGGGAAACAGACCAAUUUAGGUCCACAAAAUGACAAACUAUUCACAUUUAUGUGGAUUUGUGAGUUAAAGUUAGUUUAUAUUUUUGCUAUUGAUUAAAUAUAUAUCACGCCUAUAUAAUUCCUGUGUUUUUGUUAUUUCCCCAGUGGAAAUGUCCUAAAAUGCAUACUUAACUAAAAAAAAAUAAUAUUUCAUUUAGGAUUAUGAAACACAGCAAGAAAACAACAAAAUAGUUAUUGCAAAUAGUUUGCUGGCAGCUGUCUUUGGAUAAACAAGAACUAAAGCUGCUUUGUAUUAUUCACAGACAUUUUUGUUGUAAGGCAAAAGAUACUACACAUGAAUGUUACAUGUAGGAGGCCAAGUGUGGGACUUCAGGAGGGACGUGCAGACACAUGUUGAUGUUAAAUUCCAAAAUAAAGCCGUUUUCAGCUCUUAA